AUGCGUGCUCAGAACUUUAAUAGGGGUUUACUAUGCUCCAACCCCAUGCCUCGAUGGCAAACUAUUGCACUUCCGGUAGCGAGUCCACCAACAGGGAAUCAGGAUGCUCCAUGUUCCCACAUGUGCAAACUCACAACCCCGAGUGAAACCCCUUCUUCACGAUCAACCGGGUGUGUUUAUUGCUUCCAGGGUUGUCUCCCUUGUUCUCACCCAUGUGUAACACCACAUGAAGCAACUCGGUUCUUCACAUCCAUCCAUACAAACGCGACCCCGCUCACAAUCCUUUACCAGGUAAUCAGCGUGUUUCAGCACUAUUACCGUAAGUACCCCCACAUGUUCAUACAAUGUGGGGGUAUCGCCAUAGAGCCGGCACAUAUGGCACAGCCCAUAGAGAAAUGUGAUUAA